UUACUCUCUCAUCAGCAGAUAAAUAAUAAACUUAAACAUCCAUUGUCAAUUAUAGAUAGUUAACAUGAUACCAUAAAGGUCAAAAUCCUCUCAUGAGGCUGCUAUGUCUCACUAUCACACAUUGUGAUGAAAUGUGUCAACAAACAGAGAUGCUAAUGGAUUCCACAGAUUCAGUCGGUUCUGUGGCUGUUUUGUGGGAGAAACAGACUUUUAAUGACUGUCCACCUAGGUUGCUUCUUUAGCAUGAUUAAGGGAAGAUAAACAGACCAGGACCAAAGUCCAUCUGAUCACAUGCAAAAACAAAUGAGGUGAAUGCCCGCAGCAGAUAGCAGAGAGGCUCAUUCAGUGGAAUGGUGGGAAAGACAAGUUUGUUAAGACAAAGGUGAAUUAAUGUAGUGUAGUGUUAGACACUCAGAGGGAAUUAUUGGACUUUGAGGAUGAAACCCAGCUUCAUGAGGAAUUUCAGAUGUCAUGUGAAUUUCUCUUCUCCCCACACUGACUCCAGACAACAGAUCCCAGCAGCAACGUAGGCACAGAAUGACAGCAUGUAUUUUAGGUAAAAGUUCUUGGAGGUGGAGGAGGGGAUGGUGUGCCUCAGCGACGAAGAGUCUUUCGUCUAAUCACGCACUGAAGCCCCUGGUUCCCGCCCUGUGCCUGGUAGUCGUGGUGAUACACGGCCUUGCGGACAAACUCCGAAACUUUGUGGUCGGCAUCUUCAUCCCUCAGUACCACUACCCCUAUGCAGUGACUCUCUGCUUUGCCCAGGUUCUGAUCUCUCUCUUAGUCUUAAAUCUCUUCCAUGUCCUGGAUCUGGUGCAUCUAAAGCAUUACUCCAGGUCCCUGGGUGAGAGGGUGUUGGUGCCUUCUAUCUGUAACAGCAUCCAUGCUGUUCUGGCCAUGUGGGCCAAGGCUAGCAGCUCGUACGCCGGCCUCUUCCCCCUCCUCCUGCCUCUGCUGCCAAUGGUAACUGUGGGCUUCAGUUUCUAUCUGAAGUUGGCAUCCACCCCAUCUAUCCACAUCUCUGUUUUGAUUUCCAUCCUGGGUGGGACAUCUUUUGCCAUCACAGCCUCCCAGGGUCUGUCAGGUGUUGAGCCUCUGGAGUACAUGUAUGCACCUCUGGCUUUAAUCCUCCACAGUCUGUCUCUGACUUGGCUGACUAAAGUGUCUGAAGCUGAGCACCGCCACCACCAAGAUGCCCGAGCCUCCAUAUUUGACAUAUACUACACCCAGCUGGUCAAUCAGAGCUGGGUGCUGGGCCUCCUGUGGCUGCUGCACCCGGACAGUCCCUGGCAGGUGUUGAGUCUCCGCAGCUGGCAAAGCCUGCUCUUCCAAGGAUAUCUGCUUGCUAUUCUCCUGCUGGGGAUGGUGCUGAAUUUUCUGGUCGGUAUGUCGGCUCUGUGUGUCUCACCGCUUGCUGCUGCACUGCUACACUCAGCAAGGCGGGUGGUGCAGCCAUUCCUCCAGCUUUUGUAGUUUCACUUACAAAGGACUUACAACUAUUAUUGACUGUUUUGUACUGUAUUAACCUACACACAUUGUAAUUUGAUCCACAUCAGCGACCAGUCAUUUUAUUCUAUGGAGAACAACUAGUUACAUCAGCUUCUUUCCUCUGUUCACGAUAACAUUAAAUUGUAACAAUGAUAGCACUUUGAAAACACAUUCUGUAACAAGCUAAUGAUUUACAGUUGGUUCCAACAGUAUAAAUGAAGCCACUGCCAGUAUAAAUGACCAUUUUCUGUAUUUUUCUAUUAUUUCCUUUACUUAACCAGUACUCAGUUGACAGGUCUAAAUUACAUAAAUUAAGGCUUGGAUUUUUGUGGCAUAAAUAUUGACUUUAAAUUUCUUAAUAUGCCCUUAAUCCAUGUAUCUUUCUUCAAUAUUGUCACUUCUGUUAUUGCUUACAUUGUAUUUGUGACAUGAUUUAUUUAACAGUAUUUGAGAUGAACUGAUUUGAAAUUCCCAUGUUCGGCCUUGAAUGAUUCUGGCAGCUUUUUCAGACGAGAAGGGAUGAUGUUGAGAACUGGGUUAUUUGUAUAGUACACAGACCGUUAAACACGCUUUCUUACGUUUACAGUGACAGUGUUCAAAAUGUUUAAACUCAGGAACUUUUAACCAGAGUUUUUUAGAAGUUGCCCUUGAAUGAAUCUGACCGAAGGUUAGUCAGAUGAGAAGGGAUUGUGAUGAGGAACGAGUUCUAUGGUGCUAUCGACAAAUUCUUUUAGUCAUUAUCAGAAACUCAUAUUGUAAUUUAAGAAUACGCUUUUAUUAUUUAAUUUGUUUCCUCAAAGUAUUUAUGUAUGGCUUUCAAAGUAAAUUAUUACAAUGCUUAAACAAAUAAUGUGAUAAUAAAGUUGAACUACAUGACAUUGCAACAAAGACAAUCUACAAAAUCUGAAACGACACUGAAAAAAAGGUAUUUGCAAAAAUAUGUAUUCUGUUUCUAACGAGUAAGAAAGGGUAAGUGCGGUCAAAAAAUGACUUACAGUACACAAAGCAGCAUGUAU